CCGGUAUUUGUGGCGGCGGGCGCGCAGAGAACCGUCAGUCGACGUUCAGCCACCGCGGGAGAACCAGCGCAGCAGCAACCCAGCGCACCAGAAUGGGAGGCAUCACUCAGAGGCCGUGGACACCCACCAAGAGGCGUGGCCCGAUCGCCGCGGAGUUCUCCGGUCCAGGACCGGCCUGCGUCACCUUACCCAACCUCAUCGGAGGUUCUGCUGUUCCUGAUUCUAAACGGGGACGUGCUCCGGCAUUCAGCUUUGGCAGCAGGCACAACAGCAAGAAUGACAGUGCAGGUCCUGGACCAGGCCAGUACAAUGUGACUGGUCUUAGUGCAAAAGGAAAGGACAGUCCUCCAGCUGCCACUCUUCAUGGGCGCCCCAAGGACCCACGUCAUGACAACACACCAGCCCCUGGUGAUUACAAUCCAGAAAAAUCAGAAAAAGUAGUCCUUGACAACUCCCCGAAGUACACUUUUGGUCUGAAAACUCAGGUUGAGAAGCCUAGCACUACUCCAGCUCCUAAUGUGUACAACAUUCCAACAGUGUUGGGUGCCACAAAGGAGGGUAACAAAAAGCAGGCUCCAGCAUUCACCAUUUCUGGGAGGCAGAAGGAACUUACUGAUGACCGUAUUCUUGUGCCAGGCCCAGGUACCUACAACGAUGCACGGGCAGAAAACUACAAAGCACGCUCUCCAGCAUACUCCAUCAGCUCACGUUACCAGCUACCUUCAGACUCAACACAAAAGCCAGGGCCAGGGGCACAUUCUCCAGAGAAGGUAACCCUCAACAGGCCAUGGGCCCCUGCUCAUUCGUUUGGAAUCAAGCACUCCCCAUAUGUGGGGACAUCGAGGGCUGAUUUGCUGGCUGAGCAGAAGCUGCAACUCUGUGGCCACAGGAGGGGCUCCUGCUAGGUGAAGCUGGACACACUGCCAAACUACAGCUUUGGCAUCAAGCAUUCUCCUUACCUUGGGUACCUGAAGGGGCAGAUGGUGUAGAAAAUCCAACCAUGUGUGAUUUCAAAAUAAGAGGCGUUUCAUCUAUUUAUAUGUAUGACACUUCAAGGAAGCUACUGUACUGCAAAUAUUUUAGCCGUUGGUUUUGGAGAACUAUUAAUUUAACUUGUGGAAUGAUAUUUUCAGCAAUACGACAAAUUUCAUUCUAUAAUGUGCCUCAGAGUGAGCUUAUGUUUAGCAAGAUAGCUUAUAACAGCAAACCGUAUACAUUAAAUAUCAACUGCAGUGUGCUUAGUUUAGCUAACCUGCUAUAAGCAGUAUCAUUCAAUAUUAAAGAAAUAUAUUCAUCUUUCCAAUUUGUUAUUCUAUAUACUUUGUCAUACAUAGUUAGAAGGGUGAAAUCCAUUCCUAAAUGUCUUUUACUGCAGUAGAACUCCACUACAGAACAGUAGUAAGGCAUGGCACUAAUGAGAUUAUUUGCAGGGAAGUCCUUUGGUUUCUUGCUAAAAAACAAACAAGCACUUUUGACAUUCAAUAGAUACUGACAAAGCUUGCACACAAGAGCUGCUGUGAAUGACUCUAUUGCUAAAAUAUUUGUAAGUAGGCGAAGCACAUCAUUUGGAAAAAAAAUGUAUGGACUUCAUAAAUAAGCCUUUGAAAGUAUAUUUUUAUAGAUGAACUUUUUGUCUACUAACUAUUAAUGAAGGAAAAUAUUUGUAAAAUGUGUGUACUUGGGUAAAAUUCAGGACAUAUUAAUAACUGUUCUGUUGCCAUUGUUAUUUACACUGUGUUAAAUUUAAUGUUAUAUACACUGUUAUCUUGUAAUAUUGAACUGUCAUUUACAUUUCUCAUUUUACAUAGAAAUCAUCCAUCCAUUCUGAUUUAUCUACUGUAUUUGUUAGUGUAACAAGAUGAGGCUUCAGUAACACAUAUCCUAACAAGUCAGGAGAUCAAUUUUAAUACUUGCUGUGAAUUAUGUUCUGUUUUAUAACACUGCAGGUGAAGGACUUCUUGUCAAUGAAGAGUUCCUUUUGUUCAGAAUAUUCUGAUGGCUUGUUACUUAUAUAAUAUACUGUUAAGUUUUGCAUAUUGUUAUUGAUGUUUGUGACUAUAGGAAAGAUUAUGCCAAAAUGUGAUGCUCAUUUCUGUUAAUAACAAUAAAGUCAUUGCUAAAUUUCA